AUGGAUGCCGCCAAACUCUCAUUUGGGAUCGUGAAUGUGCUUCAGGUCAGAAUUGGGAUUUCAGUUAAUGUUUUCCUUCUCCUGUUUUAUAUCCACACGGCCUCCACCAGCCACAGGCCCAUCUCCUCUGACCUGAUCCUAACCCAACUGGCCUUGGCUAAUAUCAAUCUCCUCCUCAGCAGGGGAAUCCCAGACACAGUGUCAGCUUGAGGGCUGAGAAAUUUCCUGGAUGAUGUGUACCUUUACCGAGUGUCCCGGGGAUUUGCCAUCUGCACCACCUGCCUCCUAAGUGUCUUCCAGGCUGUUACCAUCAGCCCCAGCACCUCCUGGUGGGCAGAAGUCAAAGCCAAAUUACCCAAGUGCAUCAUCCCUUUGUGCGUCCUCUCCUGCGUCCUUAAUGUGUUCAUAGGCAUUGAUAUAUAUGUGACAGGCCCCCAAAACAGCAGCAGUGUUGGAAUUACAUUGGAUCUCAUGUACUGCUCAGAAGUUAGUUCCAGUGCAGGAAUCAACUUGGUUAUAGCAGUCAUUCUCCCUUUAUGGGACCUCUUCUCUGUGGGGCUCAUGAGCGUGGCCAGCGGCUACAUGGUGUUUGUCCUGCACAGACACCACCGGCAGGUCCGGCACCUCCAUGGGCCCGGUGGCUCCCCCAGGGUGAUGCCUGAGGUCAGAGCAGCCAAGAGAGUCAUUGCCCUGGUCACCCUCUACGUCCUCCUCUACGGGCGACAGUCCAGUAUGCUGAGUGUGAUAUUGAACAUGCAAAAGAAGUCCCUUCUGCUGGUGAGCAGCCACCUUCUGAUGGCAAUCGCCUUCUCCAUCAUCAGUCCAUUCCUGAUGAUCCUCAGCGACAGGAGGAUGAGGAUGUUCCGGAAAAGGGAACGUCCCUUUCCAACUUGGAUCCCUCUUAGAGUCUCAGGGAAGUUACCUGUCCUCUCCUGGAACCCCAGUGGGAUUGGGUGA